AGUACAAAGUUUUUAAUUAAACAAGUGACAAGUAAAAAAAAAAAAAAUUCAUAAAUAUUUAAAUAAACAAUAAAAUGGCAAAACUUAUGAUUGUUUUUGUAGCCUUAUUUGGCAUUGCUUUGGCCUAUCCCGGUGGUUAUGGUGGCGGCUAUGGUAAUGGCGGUCAUGCCCCUCAAGUGGGAGGUGGAUAUGGUGGUGGACAUGGUGUUGGUGGUGGACAUGGUGUUGGUGGUGGACAUGGUGUUGGUCAUGGUGGUGGUCAUGGUGUUGGUGGUGGUUUCGGAGGACAUCAAGGUGGACACCAAGGUGGUUUGGGUGGACACCAAGGAGGAUUGGGUGGUCACCAAGGCGGUUUUGGUGGACACCAAGGCGGUUUGGGUGGACACCAAGGCGGUUAUGGAGGUUCUCAAGGUGGUUUGGGUGGUCACCAAGGUGGUUUGGGAGGUCACCAAGGCGGUUAUGGUGGUUCCCAAGGUGGUUAUGGUGGCAGUCAUGGUAGACAUGGCAGUCACGGCGGUCAUGGUGGUUAUGGCAAACAUGGAUAUUAAAAAUUGUGAUUUGUUAAACAUUUAGAUUUAGGUAUUACUUAGUAAAUAAAACGAAAAAAAACUUUAA